UGCACAAACAAAAACAUUCAAACUGUCAUACAAUAUGAGGAUUUGUUACCUGAUCAUAAUCGCAUCAUCUACCCCGAAUCGCGGGUGGAAAUAAUGCUGUUUCCGCAGCAAUGCGGUCGCGUACAGGAUGUCAAACAUGCCGCCAACGAAAGCUCAAGUGCGACGAAAUCAAGCCAGAAUGUGGACAAUGUCGCAAAGCUUCAAGACAAUGUGUACUUAGCGAUGGAGUAGUAUUCAGACACCAACAAAAUGCUUCCAUGAACGGCGGUGAAGAUGCUAUUCCUGGUGACAAAAGUGGCCGAUUAGGUGCAUUUUUUGCGUAUAGGAAUACAUUUGAUGAGAACAGUGUUUGGGUCGAUGUGCCAAAGAACAUAACCUUCUUUCAUGUCAUCGAUCCAUACAACAUGGAAGCGACUCCUGAGCCUGAACAAUCCCCAGAAUCUACCAUUCCCACCGCAACCACUAUAGACGAGAGUGUCAAUGACGUUUCUACUUACCCCCAGUUUGAGGACGCACCUGGGUUGGAAGCUCUUUCCACGGCGGCGACUACGAAUAUGGAAUAUAUGCCUCAAUUAUCGGUGCACACACAAUCACCAAGAAGUCUCAACACUCCCCAGCACUCCGCCAAUAACCUCGACUUUAUACUGAACCCUACAAGACCGGAAGCCCAUCAGAACUCACCCCUUAUUGAUCCUUCAUUGAGAUCAGUCUCGAGGACGAACACUUUCAUCAGUGAUGCUGAUAGUGUGAGAGAGCAUGAAGUUGCGUUUCUAUUGAGACAUUUGGAGAGAAACUACCGGACAAUGCUUUCGCGUGUUGGGGGAAGAAAGGCCAUUGUCGGUGGCAUAGUCAGUGAGCAAGCACUUAUGGAGCUCUAUCCAAAUUCGGAUAAGGUCGACUGGAUUUACAUUAGUGCAAAAUAUUACGACAGAGCAAUUUCACUCUUAGUAGAGGAGCUCUCCAAGUCGGGCGGAAAAGAUUUUCCUAUUACACCCACGAUCGAUGGUCAUUUUCAUUCCCCAAUAAAUAUUGAAUCACCACAGAGUACUCCUUCCCAAUCAAACAAGCGACGGCGACUAUCGAAGCCGAUACAACGUGACGCCGAUGAGACAAUCGCAGCCGCCGCUAUACUCUGCGUUUACGAAUUUCUCGACAAUGCUCUGCAUGCUUGGUCUCGACAUCUAAGUGGGACUAAAUCCUUGUUCGACCUAGCGGAAAGGGAAGGCAUGAUGCCUCUUCAUUCGCCUUCACCUAGUACUCCAGGAUCAUUAUCAUUUAGAACCAAGCCUUCAGUUGCGAGGAGAGCUACAUUUUGGAACUUCGCCCGCCAGGACUUUCUGGCAGCUUUCAUUAAUGAAGGACAAACCCGACUCAACACAGAAGAUUGGGAUCUUUGGCGUGCAGCUGGACUCCUGAUAGAUGAUCAAGGAUUUGUUAUCCCAAGCAACAAGGAAAGUUCAUAUCCAGAGUUGCAGAUGUCUAUGCGUGAAGAUAUGAUUUCAAAUGCCUUGAUUUGGCUCAUGUCGAAAAUUGUUAAUUUUAUUGCUACCGGUGAUUCCAUCGAUAAUGUCUAUCCUCAGGAUAAAGGUAGUCCUACCGCUGUUUUUGGUAUCAAUCAAAUGACUUUACUCGAACGAUGGCACGAGCUGGCAAACGAGCUGGAAGUUUGGUAUCGAGGUCUACCAGAUACCUUUAAACCAUGUGCUCGUUUAUCAACGAUUACAGAUGGCAGUUUACCACAAGAUUCACCGAGAACUGUAUUUCCAGAGAUAUGGUAUAGUAUUCCAAUGUGUGGCUCAACAAUGCAGUCAUACCAUUUUACGAGGAUCCUCCUACUUACCAAUAAGCCCCACGAAUCCACUACAAAAAGGACAACCGUUUCAAAUAGGCUCCAUUCAUACCGGUCUAUUGAGAUGGAAGUUCGCCACCAUAGUCACGAAAUCUGCGGCAUCGCUCUGGGAAGGCCGGAAGGUUCUGUGAGGAUUCACCAAGUGCAGCCUCUGUUUAUUGCAGGUCAGUGCUUAACAGAAACGAAAGAGCGAAAAGUAAUACUUGAUUUGCUGAAGGACAUCGAAAUCGAUCUUGGCUGGGCGACUGAUUAUCGUGUCAAACAAUUGGUGAAAGAUUGGAACUGGCAUGAAUCUAUGAUAUGA